UUUAAUCUGAAGGUUUCCUCAUUGCCAUACCAAAGUGACGUCAUCGUUUGUGCUGCUGGCAGAACGAACGUCUCUGAAACUACCGGAUCCAACAUGGAGAGAAAAGUUCUAGCACUUCAAGCAAGGAAGAAGAGGGCGAAAGCAAAGAAGUCGAGCAAGAAACAGCCAGCCCACCCCAGGGGUGCAGCACCCCAGCAGCAGCCCCAGCCAGAGGCCUCUCCCCAGGAACCAGAUGAGCCUGAGGAGAUCUUAGGCUCUGAUGAUGAGGAGCAGGAGGAUCCCAAUGACUACUGCAAGGGUGGCUACCACCAUGUAAAGAUAGGAGAUCUGUUCAAUGGGAGGUACCAUGUGAUCAGGAAGCUGGGCUGGGGACACUUCUCCACUGUGUGGCUGGCUUGGGACAUUCAGGUGAAGAGGUUUGUGGCUAUGAAAGUGGUGAAGAGUGCAGAGCAUUACACAGAGACGGCUGUAGAUGAGAUCAAACUGCUCAGAUCUGUGAGAAACACGGACCCUGACGAUCCCAAGAGGGAGAUGGUGGUUCAGCUACUGGAUGACUUCAAGAUCUCCGGUGUCAACGGGACUCAUGUGUGCAUGGUGUUUGAGGUGCUGGGGCACCACCUACUGAAGUGGAUCAUCAAGUCCAACUACCAGGGCCUUCCUCUGCCCUGCGUCAAGAGCAUCAUACGACAGGUUCUCCAGGGGUUGGACUACCUUCACACCAAGUGUGAGAUCAUCCACACUGACAUCAAGCCAGAGAACAUCCUGUUGACGGUGAAUGAGCCAUACGUGAGGAGGCUGGCCGCGGAGGCUACAGAGUGGCAGAAAGCAGGAGCUCCCCCUCCCUCAGGGUCCGCAGUCAGCACAGCUCCAGCUCCAAAAGCAACGACCAAAAUGUCCAAGAACAAGAAGAAGAAAUUAAAGAAGAAGCAGAAGCGUCAGGCGGAGCUGUUGGAGAAGUGCAUUCUGGAUCUGGAGGAGAUGGAGAAGGCUCCGGAGAGGGAGGAGGAGGAGGAGGAUGAUGAAGAGGGUCCGGAGUCUCCCGUAUCUCCCAAGCAGCAGCGGCCAUAUUGUGCUCCUCUCAGACAAGUCUCCUUACAGGAAGUAGCCAGCCAAGACACAGCAGGAUGCAUAGCGGGUGCGGAGGUGACGUGGUUAGGACCAGAAGGGAUAAUAACAGAAGCAGAAGUGAACUGUAACGGCCUUCAUCCUGAGGCAGAGGACAAUGAAACGGAGGAGAGGAAGGCACAGUGGAGAGAGCAAGACCAACACAACGGUAACGUAGACCAAACAGGGGCUUGUCCUCUUCUUCAGGACUCUCCACCACCUCAACACGUGUAUAACGGCCUGGUGUCCCCGGAUACCCCAGAGAGUGAGGAAGGGAGUGGAGCACCGACCAGGAAGGAGGCUGAAAUAAAGACUAAAGCAUCCGAGAUGACUGAGAUGAAAAGCUUUGGUGGCCGGGAGGAGCUAUCGUCAGAGGAGCAGAAGAAUCAGGAAAGGAGUCAAGUGGAAGUCACAGAGGAGGCGCAGGGCAGGAGUCGUGGAGAGGAGGCCACAGAGGAGGCGCUGGAGAACGUCCAGUAUGGAGGAGAACAGGAGAGUCUGAAGGAUGGUGAGAAGAUGGCCAAAUUAGCAGCGGGGAACCUCCUGGUGAACCCUCUGGAGCCACUCAAUGCAGACAGACUGAAGGUCAAGAUAGCAGACCUGGGCAAUGCUUGCUGGCUGCACAAGCACUUUACAGAAGACAUCCAGACGAGACAGUACCGUUCUCUAGAGGUGCUCAUAGGGUCUGGCUACAACACACCAGCUGACAUAUGGAGUACAGCCUGCAUGGCGUUUGAGCUGGCCACUGGGGACUACUUGUUUGAGCCUCAUUCCGGGGAAGAUUACUCGAGGGACGAAGACCAUAUCGCAUUGAUCAUCGAGCUGCUGGGGCAAGUCCCACACAAACUCGUAACAGCUGGGAGAUAUUCCAAGGAUUUUUUCACCAAGAAAGGGGACCUGAAGCAUAUCACCAAGCUGAAGCCGUGGGGGUUACUAGAGGUGCUGCAGGAUAAGUACGAGUGGUCCAAAGAGGAGGCUGAUUGUUUCGCUGACUUCCUCCUCCCCAUGCUGGAGCUGGUACCAGAGAAGAGGGCCACGGCUGCAGACUGCCUGCGCCACCCCUGGAUCGCCCCCCAGUGACGGCCCCCCAGUACUGCAAUGCGAAACACCUAGGGCCUGUUCAGUCGGCAAACGUUUUUGAAUGUUGCAGCUAAUUCGAAUGACUGGAGCUGACUUAACUCAUUUUUCUACUUGUCAUUGAGGCAUGUUUGUUCUCCGUUAAGGAGUUCUAUCCGAACGUUCCAUAACGUUUUGCCCUGCUGAAUGCGGCCCGGCCUGGUUUGCCCCUGAUGAAACCUUCCAACCACUGUAAUGUAAAACCCUGGGGCUAUGUUCAGGAGUAUGUAACCUCCAGUAAGCCCAACUCCGGUCCUCCAGUAAGCCCAACUCCGGUCCUCCAGUAAGCCCAACUCCGGUCCUCCAGUAAGCCCAACUCCGGUCCUCCAGUAAGCCCAACUCCGGUCCUCCAGUAAGCCCUACAGCAGCCUUUUGUUGUAGACCUGGACAAACACACCUGAUACAGCUCAUUGAGGACCUGAUGAAUAGUUGAAUCAGGUGUGCUUAUCUGAGAAUGUGUACUGUUGUGGAGUUAGGAAAUACUGUGGGAAAUGACUCCAAAUGUGAAAGUAGUGUUUCACAUCCCUGAAUUACAUCCCUAGAUGUAUACUCUCUAGUGGAGGCAUCUGGCCACUGGGAUGCAAAUUAAACCUCUUACAAGAGACUUGUUGCAACAGAUCACUUUCCAAUUGGAUCAUCUGAGAUGGCUAUUUAUUUUGGGUUUGUAUUCUUACAUUUUGUUCUUAUUGUCAUCAAGGACUCUUUGUCUUUUUUUUUAAAUAUUUGUUUCUCCUUUUUUCUUUCCUUUUGUACUGAUGUUUAAGAAGCUAGUAGACAACACUGACCAUAUAAACCAAUCAUUUUGAUGGUCCACAAUUCUGUGCUCUGUACACUUCUCAUCCAUGUACACUAUAUAUACAAAGUAUGUGGACACCCCUUCAAAAUUAGUGGAUUUGGCUAUUUCAGCCACUGAUGCUGACAGGUGUAUAAAAUCGAGCAUGCAGCCAUGCAAUCUCCAUAGACAAACAUUGGCAGUAGAUUGAAUGGCCUUACUGAAGAGCUCAAUGACUUUCAACGUGGCACCGUCAUAGGAUGCCAUCUUUCCAAAAAGUCAUUUUGUCAAAUUUCUGCCCUGCUAGAGCUGCCACGAUCAGCUGUAAAUGCUGUUGUUGUGGAAACGUCUUGGAGCAACAACGGCUCAGCCGUGAAGUGGUAGGCCACACAAACUCACAGAACAGGACCACCGACAACGUCAACUCCAUAUUAAUGGUUUUGGAAUGAGAUGUUUGUUGAGUGGGUGUCCACAUACUUUUGGUUAUGUAGUGUAAGAUAGUGAUUGUGAUUCCCACCACCAUCUUGCUUUGUUCUACCCCAGCACAAGACCUGGAGCAGAACACGAUCAAGGAACUGUAGUCACUAGUGCCCUCCACCACUUUUCUCUGUCAUAUAACUUGAUACCACUUGGUUUUUCCUCUGAUAAAGGCUAAGAGUACUAAUGUGUUACACCUUCACCCAUAAGGCAUUUUGUUUUGUAUUAGGAAGUUGCACAUAGGGCAAACGAACAUGAACAAAUGUGUAGGUUGCACUCCACUCUCUUUUCUGACUGAACAAUUUCUAGUUCUCCACAGGAAAUUCAUUUAGAGGACUGUCUAGCUGUUCAGAUCAGUAAAAUCCAUACCACCUUUUUUGUACAGAAUCUGUUAUUGUUCUACCUUGUCAUUGAUUCAUUCUCAUUGGAUAAGAGACUGGUUUUCUCAUGUUUUGUGAGUUUCAUUAAGUAAUAUUAUGUUCAUAAGAGCCCCCCCCCAUCCAAAAUGAGACAUUUUCAAAAAAAUAAAAUUGUCUGUGUAUAUACCUGUA